AUGCGGAACCGCAUCGUCUCAUUAUCCAUCGGUAGUUUACCACUCCAUCAGCGUCGUUUCUUCAGCCAUUUCAUUUCCGACGACUUAUACGACCCACCAUUUUCUCAUCUUCCGAAGCCCCACAAAGUAAAGAAGAGAAAGAAGAAUUCAGAAAACGGAGCUCCGAAAAUAACCGAAGCCCCAAAAGUUCCCUUUCAGUCGAACCUUCCAUUCGAUUUCAGAUACUCUUAUUCGGAAACCCACCCUUCCGUUGAGCCCAUAAGCUUCCGUGAAUCACCCAAGUUCUCCCCGUUUGGACCGGGCCGACUUGACCGGACAUGGACCGGCGUUUCUGCUCCCGUUCGGACUGAACCUGACUGGAAGAGAAUGGAGGAGGAGCGCAACCGGGUUCUCGGAGCGCCGCUCGAUGAGGAUGAGGUCGCAGAGCUCGUCGAACGCUACCGUCACAGUGACUGUGUCAGACAAAUCAAUUUAGGAAAGGGUGGAGUCACUCACAACAUGUUGGAUGACAUCCAUAACCACUGGAAGAAGGCUGAAGCUGUGAGAAUAAAGUGCUUGGGUGUGCCAACCCUCGACAUGGACAAUGUUUGCUUCCACCUUGAGGACAAGUCAUAUGGGAAAGUUAUCUACUGCAACAUUAAUAUACUGCUUCUGUACAGAGGACGAAAUUAUGAUCCCAAGAACCGUCCAGUUAUUCCUCUUAUGCUGUGGAAGCCUUAUGCACCAAUAUAUCCUAAGCUUGUGAAGAAUGUAAACGAGGGUUUGACAUAUGAGGAAACAAAAGAAAUGAGAAACAUCGGAUUGAACUCAGAUCCUCUCAUGAAACUCACUAGAAAUGGUGUGUAUGUGAAUGUGGUGGAGAGGUUGAGGGAGGCUUUUAAGACUCAGGAGGUUGUUAGACUGGACUGUACCCAUGUGGGAACCAGUGACUGCAAAAAGAUUGGAGUGAAGCUAAGGGAUUUAGUGCCAUGUGUUCCUAUCUUGUUUAAGGAUGAGCAGAUAAUCCUCUGGAAAGGAAAGUUGAAUGAAGAGCACCCUUCAGAUUCACAUGUCAGCAAGUAA